UAAUUUCUCAAAGCAGUGAGAGGCGCGCUUUGUUUCCAUUGUGAUCAAAUCACAUGAGGAGAAGAACUACAGGGACAUAAAGCAGCCGAAACACUGGAAACUUAAAGCUUAAAAAACUUUAGAACAUCAUUUCUCAUUAUAACCUGUGAAGAACUCUGAAUCUAGGAGCUCACUGACCGCAACUUGGUAUCAGACAGUUCACACUUGGGAUAUCAAAUACUCCCAGAAUGGAACCUUCCAGAUCAGAAAUGUGUAUUCUGCCCAAUGGGAAAGGUCAAGACCUAGGAGAGGAGAUGUGCAUGCCGAUGAAGACUAUGAUGGAAGAAGAACAAAAUGGUACCCAUCAUGGCAGGUUUGAUGAUCCUGACAGCACACUUGCUGAGAACAUAGAGUUCCUUCCCAACAGUGAGGGCAAGAAGCCACGUUUCACUGAUUUUGAGGGGAAGACCUCUUUUGGCAUGUCAGUCUUCAAUUUGGGCAAUGCCAUUAUGGGCAGUGGGAUUUUGGGAUUGGCCUACGCUAUGGCCAAUACUGGCAUACUGCUUUUCCUGUUUCUCCUCACGGCUGUAGCUGGUCUCUCCUGCUAUUCUAUUCACCUCCUGCUGAAGUCCUCUGGUGUUGUGGGAAUCAGGUCUUAUGAACAGCUGGGAUUCAGGGCCUUCGGAAUCACAGGGAAGAUGGCGGCCGGAAUAGCAAUCACCCUUCAAAACAUUGGAGCCAUGUCCAGUUACUUAUACAUCGUCAAGUCAGAGUUCCCACUGGUCCUGCAGGCUUUUUUGAAAGCAGAUAUCAGUUCAGGUCAAUGGUAUCUCAAUGGAAACUACUUGGUGGUGCUUGUGUCUCUUUCGGUCAUCCUGCCUUUGGCUCUAAUGAAGCAGCUGGGUUACCUUGGUUACACCAGUGGUUUUUCACUCAGCUGCAUGGUCUUCUUCCUCAGUGCAGUCAUUUAUAAGAAGUUCCAGAUCCUGUGCCCAUUCGAGGAGUUUUCAUCCAAUAGCACGCUGGCACAGGCUCAUUCAAACGUGACGGUGGACCAUGCCCACAGUUACCAUAACGGACAUGUGAUGGUGGACGACUCCAACUGCAGCCCACAGAUGUUCACCGUCAACACACAUACCGCAUACACCAUCCCCAUUCUGGCCUUCGCUUUCGUCUGCCACCCUGAGGUCCUGCCCAUCUACACUGAGCUGCGCAACCCAACUCAGAAGAAGAUGCAGCACAUUUCCAACAUUUCCAUUCUGAUCAUGUACACUAUGUACUUCCUUGCUGCUCUCUUUGGAUACCUAACGUUUUACACUAAAGUUGAGGCCGAGCUUCUGCACACAUACAGCAGGAUCGACCCCUACGACACACUCAUCCUCUGCGUGCGUUUGGCUGUGCUCACCGCUGUCACACUGACUGUGCCCAUCGUUCUGUUCCCAGUGCGAAGAGCCAUUCAAGAGAUGAUGUUCCCUAAUAAAACCUUCAACUGGAUCCGACACGUCAUCAUCGCCGUCAUUCUCCUGACCUUCAUCAACAUCCUGGUCAUCUUCGCGCCCAACAUCCUGGGCAUCUUUGGCAUCAUUGGUGCAACAUCCGCUCCCUGUCUUAUCUUCAUCUUCCCUGCUGUCUUCUACAUCCGUAUUGUUCCCAAGGAUAAGGAGCCAAUGCGCUCCACCCCCAAAAUCUUUGCUGCCUGUUUUGCUGGACUGGGCAUGUUGUUUAUGAUAAUGAGCUUGAGCUUCAUCAUCAUUGAUUGGACGACAGGCAGCAGCAGUAGUCUGGGUGGCCACUAGGAGACAAACUCUGUUGAUGAAUGUGUGUUUUUGUGUACGUGUUUUUGUAUGAGAGUGUGAGGUGUAUGUUAGGUUAGUGAUGUAACAUACUGGAAGUGAUCUGAUUGAUUUUUAUCCAUAUUUUCCUGCCUGUUAUGACAUGGAGGAUGCCCUAUCCCACUGUGGAAAGGAAAAGGUGAGGGGGACCCAACGUAUCAUCCCAUUUACACAGAUAACCUGCCAGCAGAUAAUGGGGAAGAACUGCAUUAUUCUGGAAAAAACACGUCUGAUAAAUUCACACUGAUGUUUUAUAUUUUAAAACCUGUGAAAGCGCUGAUCUUGUCAACUUGUCAAUUUUGUCAAUUUAUUUAUUCAAGGUUUAGUGCAGCGGUCUCCAAACUCGGUCCUAGAGGGCUGGGGUCCUGCAGAGUUUAGCUCCAACUUGCCUGCAAGUUUCUAGCAUGCCUAGUAAGACCUUGAUUAGGUUUAGGUGUGUUU